ACCGCAAUAGUAAGGAUAGUCCGUAUUCAUUCCCGAUUCAGCUAGUCCGGACGACUAUCACAUUGGAUAUUCCUUACCAAAAUCGAUAGUUCUGUACGACAGGCUUACGUAUACCAUUAAUUCCGCGUGGAACCUCCGCAAUUCCGAACCGCAGUGUCGUGGAACAUUAACAGAAAUACAGAACUAUGCCGGACAUCGAACUGACUUGCCGCCUUCAUAAAAAGUCGGGAAAGCAUGUCAUUCGAGUUAAUACUGGGGAUACUGUCGACUCCCUGAUAGGGGUGGUUAAACGGGCAUUUGGAUGUGAUGAAGCCAGAGACAUAGUACUGUGGAAGACUGAAAUGCCCAACGAGUUAGAGGACGCAUUUACGAAUCUCAUUCUUGCUGAGGGCGAUAAUAUGACAAGACUCACAGCAGGGAUAUUAACUAGAUUCUGGGGAGAAGGUCGACUUCUUGAAGAUCAUACUCACGUCAUUAUAGAUUCGCCCACCUUGGAGAAGAACGCGGAGUUGCGGAAUAAAGAUAAUGAAAUAGAUAAAUUGUGUGGAGAAUUGGAAUUAUAUUCAGACGAAAACGCAAGUGACUAUAUAAUUACAGAUAAUUCUCACUCUGGGGAGGGAUAUCUUAAAGACCUGUGUUAUGCGAAAAUUAUUAGGAUAAACGAUGUGUUACGAAUAAAAAAACGAUAUAAGAAUAUAAAUGUCCAUAUCCAGUGCAAGGUGACCAAUUUUGAUGAUGGUAUGCUCUCCGUGAUGCUCGACCGUAAUGAAGAACAAGAGAAAGGAUUUUUUUCAUUAGCGCAACUUGAGAAAUGGCUAGUUGAGCAUAGUCUUGAUGCUGAGGAUAUACAUAAUAUAUCAUACGAGCAUUCCGGUGACAAUAUUGAAAUUAUUCGUAAUGAGAGAUUACUUGGAUCUAUAAGAACGCGAAGAAAUUGUUAUAUCUAUAAUCAGAAAAAUCGCAAAGAUUCUGCGAAAUUGGAAUCGAAACAGGAUGCAGACUUAUCUGAAACAUUGAGCCGUUUAAGUAUAACAGACCGCGAUUCCUCAAUCGAUUCUGAAAGCAUCACCGUGUCUGUUUUUGACCAGUAUGAAACUGGCGAUAAUCGGUCAGACACUUUAUCUCAUGUAUAUACGCCUGAACAAGUACGAACAUAUCUUAAAGAAUUCGGUUUCGAUCAAAGUGAUGCGGAAAAAUGGGACCAACCCAUCGAAGUUCCUAUUGGUGUUGAUACAAGUCUCUGGAUAGCUCGAGAAGCUGUUAUUUAUGGUCUGAAAUUCGAAGCUAUUAGUCUUUACCCAGAGUUGAUCGACUAUGCUAGAGGGUUUGGGGAAAUUCCCGAUUUUGUAACAACUAAAUAUCAAAUGGUUGAUACCAAUCGUCUCGUAACGGGGGGAGAUAUUCAUGAGCCAUUCCCUAAAAGUUUAGGAAUAAUUAAGUGGCAACUUCAAAAAGGCCUUGGGGGCCUUGACGAAAUACUCGGCCUUAUAGUAAAGGAAAAGAAUAUUACUACCCACGACUUACUUUAUCGUGGAGUUCGCGCAUAUGGGCUAAUCCCUGACGAUAUUUCAUAUGGUUUUUCUGCAAAUUCAUUAGACUGUGAUUUUGGACGGGGACUCUAUACCACUCCAAGCAUUGAAUAUGCUAUCAAACAUAUAAAAGAUUGCGGAAGUAUCAGAGUUGGUGCAUUGAUGGUUUUCGAUUGGAAAGAUCAUGGAGGGCGGGGUUUAGAAACUAAAAGGUUAGAAGGUGAAGAGUGGACUGGGACAGUUAAGGCAUGUAUUUGUAAUAGAGAUACUAAUAAUAAAAAGCGAGGACCGCUUCGUCUUAGUGGAGAUAUUUUGGUUGGGGCAAUUUCCAGUAAUAAUGAGGCUGUUGGAAAAUGUGCCACUCCAAUCCCUUCUAAUGAUAAACAAGUUGUUGGUAGAACUCAAAAAGGACUUAAAGCCUUUGAAAAUCGGUUAAUGGCUAUAAUUUAUCUAUUUAAGUGAUUCAUGAUGCAGAAGGUCAUUGGCGCUUUUCGAUCCUUUAAUAUUUAUUAAAACGUGUAACCGCGUGCCACGCACGUAAAAAACAUAAUAAAAUCUAUUUUUUGAAUCAUGUGAGAAUAAGUCACGAACAGGACCGCAGUAUCACGUCAUCGAUAUCAUAUGU